GGAAAUGAAGUUGUGAGUAGUAUACCCCCCACUCUCUCUCUCUAGGGUUGGGAGAUUAUUUUAAGUUUGCCUAACUUUUCCAGAAAAAAAAAGAAAAAAGAAAAACCAAAACUGCAACAGCAGUCGAGAUUCGAGGCGUUGAGCCAAUCGAGAGAUUGCGGACGGCAGAAAACGUUCGUAGAUCGAUCGAUCUAUUUGCUUUAUUCUUCGGAUCCAAUCAAUCAAUCAAUCAAUCUAUCUAUAAAUCAGUAUUUGCUCUCGCUAAAUAAAUCUGAAAAAAAAGAUGUUCUUGUUCGAUUGGUUCUAUGGAGUUCUCGCAACGCUCGGGUUGUGGCAGAAGGAGGCCAAGAUUCUCUUUUUAGGGCUUGAUAAUGCCGGAAAAACCACACUCCUUCAUAUGCUCAAAGACGAGAGAUUGGUGCAGCACCAGCCGACUCAACAUCCAACCUCGGAAGAGCUGAGUAUCGGGAAAAUCAAGUUCAAAGCUUUUGAUUUAGGAGGCCAUCAGAUCGCCCGUAGAGUCUGGAAAGAUUACUAUGCCAAGGUUGAUGCUGUCGUUUAUUUAGUGGAUGCGUAUGACAAGGAGAGAUUUGCAGAGUCAAAGAAAGAGCUGGACGCUCUUCUCUACGACGACUCGUUGGCUAACGUUCCGUUCUUGAUAUUGGGCAACAAGAUAGAUAUUCCGUAUGCUGCAUCCGAAGAGGAGCUUUCGUACCACUUGGGUUUGAUGGGCAUCACUUCUGGCAAGGGUAAGGUUAACCUUUCCGACUCAAAUGUACGUCCGAUUGAGGUUUUCAUGUGCAGCAUCGUUCGCAAGAUGGGUUAUGGAGAUGGCUUCAAAUGGGUCUCUCAGUUUAUCAAGUAGAAGGCAUCACAUCCCAUAAAAUCAGUAUUAAUGAUUUUGUUUUUCUUUUUUUUAUUUAAAGAUUCACAAUUCGGUUUGCCGUUGUUGUUUGUUUCGAAAUGAUUAAAUUUUACUUUGUCCGAUUCUCGAUUAUUAGACGUUUGUUGGUUAUUGUCAGUCUGAAAACAUGAUUAAUUUUCUAUGUUUACUAAACUCUUUUGGGUUAAGCGUAUACCAGAAUUUUUUGGUUAUUGAGACUCAAUUGUCCU